UGUUUACAAUUACAUAUCUGCAUGCUUUAAAAUCGAUUGUGUUGUCAUCUAAUAGUAACGUAUAGAAAUAUUCAUCUGUGGUGAUUGUUGGUGAUAGGGUGAUUAUAGUGGGUUACAAUAUGAUAGUAGGUUGUAUUUGUUAUUUUAAACAUAUAAACGAACAUACAAAUCAAUGAUUAGUAAUGUAACCUUUGAACAGUUGUGAAAACAGUGGAAAUUGUGAUAAUAGUGCAUUAGUGUAUUUGAUCUUGUGAACAUGAAUUCUGUGUUACUCAUUAGUGGAAGUUAUGGAGAAAUUUAUUUUUUCUACUAAUAAUGAUUGAUAUGCAGUGAAUAAAAAUAAACAUGAUGCCUUCUAUAAAAAAUGAGGAAAAAGUUAUUUUGGAAGCAGAUACUGUUUUUUUGUUAAUGAAAAAAGGAUUUCCUAUAUCUCGAAAUGUAAGAGCUCAAUGGAUGUUAGAACAUUUAGAUACUGUGAUAAGUAUCCAAUGUUCAAGUUUUAAAACGAGGGAAGCAGCAGAACUAGAAAUUGUAUCAGUGUUACCGAAAAAUAAAUCUGGAUCAUGGUCCCCUGAAACAUGUCAUCAGUAUCUUUACAAAGUAACUUCUACAACUUCAGUAAUAUUUCUGGCGCAUAAGUACAGGAUGGUUUUUAAUUUGGACUUAAGUCCAUCACUCGCAACUGUGGAUAUACAACAUGGUGAAAUAGUCAUAGAUGAAGUAUAUAUGGCUACUAAACAUUUCUUGGAAAGCAUUAUUAGACCUUUUACAAUACCAGGAAGUAAAAGAAUAAUGCAACCAGAGAUUUAUGUAACCAUAAUAGCCCAUACACCCUUUUUUACAAGCCCUGCGCAGCAAGUGUUAGUACAAGGUUGGCUUGUAACUUUGGAUAACGUUAAACAGCUUACAAAUUUCAUAGAAAACCAACUUCAUAUAUUAGAAGAGAAAGUGGCAUGUGUUACCGCUGUAGCUAGUCAACAAUUGGAAAAUUUAAAAGCUGAAAACGAACGUUUAGUCGGAGGUCUUUUUGAAGAGAACAAUACUUGUCUAAAUAAAAAUAAUAAUACUUGUGUUACUAAUACUUCAAUAAUUUCCCCGGAAUCAAGCUUUAUCAAUAUGUUGAGAUAUGGAAUGUUAGCACUUACUCUGCUACCGGAACAUAGUUGUGCACAUAUGAUAAUUGUGUCGGAUGGUAUAGUAGGAAAUACCGAUGUUCAUGUCUUAGAUUCUGUUAUACAACAGUUACGUGCAACAACAAUUGCAUGCAGUUUUCUACAUGUUGGAAGUACAUAUCAUCCACAUUCUGCUGAUGGUUUAGUCCCCUAUCAAGAUUUAUUACAUUUCAUUGCAAGAGCUACAUUGGGUACUUACAUGUCUUUUAUUCCAUAUCGUGUAGAUUUAAACGAAACCGAAAUGAAUGUUUAUCACAAAAACUUUUUAUGUUGGCAAUUAUAUCGUGAAGUAUGUUGUAACAUUGUACCAGAUUAUUCAAAUUGGCAUUCUAAGAAUUUAUUAUUUUAUGAAGAAAAAUCGACACAACUUUUACAAAAGAAACAAAUUGAAGAUAAAGUGACAUGUACAUUAAGUAGUUUAUUGUGUUGUCGUCUCCGCGAGGGAUAUUUAAUAAAACGUGCCAAUGUGAGAGACGAAGUACUUGAAAUUUGCUUUGUAUUAUUGUGGAAGUCUAGUGUUUUAUUAGAAUAUGUAGUAACAUGUCCUUGGUUAACAAAAUCAUUAUCUACAUCUAAUACAAUACAGUACACAAUUACUACAGAAGCUCCUUAUGAAUUUUUACACGAUAUCACUUGUUUAUCGAAAAAGCCAUUGAAAUCGCAAUAUCGACAAAGUGUUGUCAAUCGAUUUUGGGCAACUUUAACAUCUUUAACGGAAGGUGACAGUAUGCUUGCACACUUUAGUUGGAGUCCUGAUUUUGGUUGGACUUGGUAUAGUGUACCAGAUACAAUCAGAAGCGGCAUGCCAGUUUUUUAUUUAUCGGCCUAUCCUUCACCUAGUACGGUGCAACUUAGCGAUGCUGCAUGCCCACAAUUCGGACAAAUUUGGCAACCUGUAGUGUCUUUAAAUCCUUUACAGUGGGCUCGUUGGAUGCACACACAAAGAGUAACGUUAAUUUUAUCACACGAUAGACCGUUGCCAAGGCAUUUACAUCAAGCAAAUCAAAGUGGUCGUUUUCAAUGUGUUCAAAGCCGUCAGGCAGCUGCUGUCCUUUAUGCCAUGUUAAAGAAUUGGGCAACUUUCGUUCUCGUCGAAAAUCAUACAUAUGUACAAUUUAUUUAUCGAGAAGCGGAUAAACCCCCAGUUUCAUUCUCGCUGAUUCGUAUUAAUUGUAAAGCUCUCUGUGUCAUUCUUAAUAUCGCAUUCGCAGCUGGAACAGAAGGAGUUGUUCGACAUAAUGUUGUCGUCGAUCUUUUAGAUCGAUUGUCUAAACUUACUUUACCAAAUAGACCUACGGAGCAAAAAGAAAUACCUUCUUGCACUAUUGUCCAUAAAUCUUUAGAGAAGAUAUUAAUUAGAUACGAGAGAAUGCCAACUGAUUUGAGUUUAAUUGUAUUCCCCGAUGCGGCUCAGACUAUUUCAACGAGAUUUACACCAAUGUUAGGUGGAACUUUGACGACUAGUUUGUCUAGAUACUUAUACCAUAAUCGAUGGCUUUGGCAUGUAAAACGGCCAUUCGUACAAACCAUUCCUGGAAUUGUAUUACCACGAUUGAAUAUAACUGCGAUCGCAAGGAUUCUUUCCACAAUUACAAAAAUGCGUUUGGCUGAGGGUUUCAGUUUCACAUAUUCAGCGGCGGGUAUCAUAAACAUGGUUCUUGAAGUACAAAUGCAAGGAGUUGGUGAAAAUGAUACAUCAUACCCGUGUAUUAUUCAAUAUAUUUUAUUUCCACCACAUAUUAUGUCAAACACAACAUUAGAACGCGAUAGUGCAUCGGAAGAAGAUACUGACGAAGGUACUGCAGAUGGCGAAAUAAGUGUAGAAGAUGCUGAGAGUUCUGGAGAUUUUCAAAUUAUUUCUGAGAUUUGGAUUGAACCACAGUGUGGCUUUUCUCAAUUACCUGUACAAUCUACAGCAACAUACAUGCAUCUUUUGCAAUAUCAUGAGAUUCCAGAUGCAAUUGCUCGGAUAGAUGAGGAAUGCAUCAAUGCAUUAUUAACUUUGGAGUACUUAAGCUUAUUGAGUCAAGUAAUACCGAACGAAAAAAAUACAGAAAUUAUUUAUGGACAAAUCCCCCACCAUGACGUCAAACUACCGAAAAAAUAUAACAAAAACAUCAAAACUAAUAGCUGCACCGUGGAAGAAUCAUGCGAAGGUCUACCAACUAUCGAUGAAAAGAUAUACAUGAUGCAUUUUUCUUUCGACACAUUGAAUAUCUUGCCAAAAUGUCAACAAGCCGAGCUCUUAUUUUCUAUGUUUGCUGAUGGUACAAUUGGCAACGAUAAGGGACAAGGAAGUGCAAAUAAAAUAUUAAUGGAUAAUUUCUUAGAACAUAUGAAACAGUUACACAAUAAAGAACUUUUAUUAACUUCUGCUGAAUCACAAAGAUUCACAAAAAUGCUUCUUGACAGGCGUCGAGUCGGUGGUCCACCUUUACCGUUUCUUUCUGAAAAAGAGAGGCUCUCUUCCAACGUUGAGUUCAAUUCUUAUCCGCGUUGGAAAUGUUUUAUCAAAGGAAUUAGUACAACUCAUGUAAUUAUCACAAUAUUACCUGCAUCAGAAAAAGACGUUGUACGCUUAUUUACGUCUCCUUCGUAUACAGAAGAGCAAUCAGCAAGCAACAACUCCGAAAGGAAUGGCGAAUCUACCAUAUUCAAUAUGGAUUUGAAUGAAGACGAUACGUACUCAAAAACUACCGGGAUGGAUAUUAACGUAACCGAUAUUCCAUCAUUAGAAAAUAACGAGUCGAUAUUAUAUGGUCAAUGUAUCGAGGACAGUAUAAUAAACACAGAUACGCAGAAAAGAUUUCACGAUUGCGAAGAAUCUCUCGUUAUUCCAGUUUAUGUGUAUGAUUGUUCGCUGGCUUUGUUGAUCGACACAUUGGUCGAUAAAUUAAAAAUUUCGCACAAUAAGGAUAUUUAUCAAGAUCACACGUUCAGAGUUGGUCAGCAGGAAUGUAAAGAUUUUAUCGAAUUAAAAUCUGAUUAUAAUUCAAAACCUCCGACUCCGGAACCAAAAAGUGAGGACUCCGACAAUACUGCAAGUGAUCAACGAAGUCUUGUGGAGCAUUGCAAGGUAUUAAGUUUGGCUCACUGUCAUUGCUAUGUAGUUGCAGUUUAUAAAUCGUUGGUAUUGCAACAACCUCUUACUUACAAUGAUAUGGAAGCUGCAGUAGAACAAUGCGAAGAAACUCUAAUUGAAAUUAAUAUAACAAAUUAUUUGCGUUCUGUAUGCAGACAUUUGAGCAAAUUAUCGGAUAAAAAUUUAUUGGGCGAACUAAAUCCUUCUACGUGUAACGAUGUUGAGCCAUUGCAUAAUUUAAUUAAAGAAAAAUUUGAAAGAAUAAUUACAGUUGCCUUUAGGCCUGUACCUGCACACCCUGAAUUUUAUUAUUGUUCACCCUCUUGGUCAGAACAUGAAACGGAUCUUAUAGAAUGUCAAAAAUCAGACAAUGACGAUGAGAUAGAGAAUCUUAUGUUCCAUUCGAUAAAUAUUGAUGGUACAUCACGCAAUCUCAAUGGAAAAGGGAAUGUAACGUGGCCAGGCGCAAAUGUCAACAAAGUUCCGAAAAUUUCACGGCAUGGUUCUAUAGAAUCUGUCAACAGCGAUUUCCAGCGAAAAAGCAUUUUCGGAAGAGAGCAACCGCUAUUCUUACAGUUAAGUUGUUCUAUUCGAUUCCAAUCUAGAUCUGGUCUUAGUAGCAUCCCUGUAAAAUCUCUGCCAACAUGUUUCAUGGAAAUUUUGCAAAAGAUGGAAGACUAUAAAGAUAGAAAUAUAGCUGGCUUAAGCUUAGCUGAUUUAAAAAUCACUUUGGACAUCAUUUGUUUGAAUCUCCCAAAAGAAGUAUUGGAAGUAAGCUUAGAACGGUAUUCUGGUUUAAGAGCAACAUCUUUUUGUAGUGGUUCGCCUAUAGGCAGUUUGCGAACGGAAAGUGGAAGCAGCUUAGAAAAUAAUGCUAAAAACGAAUUCUUUCAAGAAAAAAUGUCUCACUUACCUUUAAGCCAACACAAUGCUAUAAGCAAUUUAAAAGAUGAAAUUGAGUGGCUGUUACAAGAUGAAACCGCAACCGCGUUCCUAGAUCAACCCGUUAUAAACGAGAACGUUUUAAAUUUCGUAGCGAAUCACGUUUCGGAAUCAACGGAUAGAUUUAGCUGCAAAGUGGAAAAAGUUCCUUUAUAUUUUGUAUUCCCCUCGGAUGAUAGCAAACCAAAAUUUAUAAGUGAGUUAAAGAAACUUCAAAUUGAUAAAUAUUGUAUUCGUCAAGAAGGAAACUUGUUUUAUUUUGUGAAAAAUAUGGAAAAAGUGAGCGAUAUUGUACCAGAACAGUCUAAGAAAGAGAGAAAGGAAUCAAAAACAAAAGAUAAUAAUGCUCUAAAAAAUCUGGAACAAGAAAAUCCGCAAGAGCUACAACAAGAAAACAACAGCUGUCGUACAGAAAAUAAGCCUAAUACAAAUUUUAAAUCUGAGGAAUCUUAUUCUGACGGUAUUAAUUUAAUAUAUGAAGACCAAAAUAUUGAGGACAGAUUUAAAGAAAGUAAUACGUCGGAAAACAGAUUUCAAUGGUUAAUAGAUCUGGAUAAUCGUAAAAGUUCCUUACCCAAUUUUUGGUUAAUUUUAAACGUUGAAAAUGAUUAUGUCAGUGUCUACUUUCAUUGUAGGUUUUUAGAGAUUAUAUCGCCCGAAGUAAAUAGUUAUUGGCAUACUCAAGAAAUGUUGGUCUCUCAAAUAAAGAGUACUUGUCGUCGAGUAAAUCAAUAUUUACUUCUGCAAAAUCUUCACAAAACAAGUAAAUGUUCGGAACUUUUAGAAACAGAAUCAAGCGAAGAUUAUAACUGGAAAUCAGAGAUGACGAGUGAAUUUAGUAAUGCUGUACAAAAUAGAGAUUUAAUACAAAAUUUCACCCCAGGAAUGUUUCGAUGUCGUGUUGUUUGGAAAUUUACCUUUCGACUGCAUCCUCGAUUAAAAACUGGUCCAGGGAGAUCAGGACUUUCUCGAGGUAUAAAAGUUCUACACGGUGUGCUUAAUAGAUUGGCUGUUAGUAACCGGAGUAAUAUGUUUGUAUACCAAGAAAAUAAUAAAAACGUGUUUUACUUAAGAUUACACGAACAAAUUAGCGAUGGAAAAACUUUACAAAACAAAUUAUCGGAAAGCGAUGAACAACUUGUCGUUUCUCGGAGCAAUAGUGUAGUCUCCCUAUCACAAGUUAAGCUGAAUGAUAAUGCUACGGCAAAUGAUACAAGACCUAGAGUUCGAUCUUUUAGCGAAAAAGAAUCAAACGUUUUAAAUAAAACUGAAGAUUCGAUCAUCUUAAUGGUACAUGGAAUUUCCGACGCGGGACCGGAAGUUAAACGCGAUUUGGUACAAGUUUUACAAAAUCGCUUAGAUGAUGCGGUUCUGGAAGUUCUUUCUGUUAUGUUAGCAAGAAAUCCUAUGUGUAAAUUGACACCUGCGGACGUUCAUUUUAUUCAACCGCCAAAAUCGCCAGAAUCUAUCAUACGUUUAAAUGUACAGAAGCAUUGCGUAUUAUACAUAACUGCUUUAGAAUUUUAUUUGCGUCAAAAUAUACUUCAAUUUUUGUAUAUACCAAAAUAUACUGAUAACAGACCAGAAUAUCAUUUUCAAGAUUACUCACAACUCGAAGGAUCUAUCAAAAGAGUUUCUGAAUCAGACAUCUUUCUGUGUAAUCAAAGUCACUCCAGUGGGAGUGUAGGAAUCGCUUGUAUAGCUUUGGCAAUUACAGGAGAACACGGUGAACCUAUAAAAUUAUUAGAAAAUAAAUUCCCAGUAGAUAGUUUCCCUGAAACGAUAAACGUAGAAGAUUUUAAAAAUAUCGUAUCAACGUCAAUUUAUGAUCAAAGUUCCGCGGAAUCACCGCCUUUGAUCGAAUUUAAAAUUUGGAAACAAGGCAGAGUUAAUCUUGACUCUUUAUUACAAAAGCUAUGUUCCGCAGUUAAACAUGCAAUUUGGGACUUAGUUACAGAAUAUAAAUUUUUGUUAACUCCUCUGACAGAACCACUUACAAAAGAUGCUCAAGAGAUAUCUAUUGAAAAUAAAGAAAAUCAAACUUCGGUAAAAAUUGAUGCUUUGCCAAAAAUAAUGCAUGAUUUAACAAUUGAUAGAUUCGAGUCGGGUGAAGAGGGAAAACUACACGGUAUCUACUGUGUAACGUUAUCGCAAUGGUUUCGAUUUGCUUUAGAAAUUGGAGUUCCAUCGGUAAAAAGGCAUGAAGUAAUUCUUAAUCACAGACAUCCUAUAUCUACGAUUAUUACAGAGUUAGAAGCUAUUAUACAAGGUCAAGCACCGGAUACAUCCAGCAGAUCUUUUGUCUUAAAAGACAGACAACCCUUCAUCGAAAAAUAUAUUUCAAAUGGGGAAUUAUUAACUAAACUAAAAAAUAAUAACUAUUCUGUGUUAGAAAAUGAAGGGAAGUUAGAUUUGCCCGUUUACAUACCAUGUGACUUUAGUAAGGAUGUACAAGGUACCUACACUAAAUGUAUUUUAAUAGCUAGAAACUUUCAUCAAUGGAAAGCUUCGUUCAGCAAAACAGUACAGCCAGAAUUACUUAUCCCAAAAGAUCAAAAACUUUUGCAAAAGUUCAAUCCACUGAUAUUAGAAUCUAAUUUCGUAUCAAGACAACGAAUAUUACUUGCGGAAAUUCGAAGUGAUAAUAUAGCUCUUUAUAUGUAUAAUUGGUCAAAAGAGAAAUCUGAAAAAUUAAUAAAGCAAACUACAAAUUUGGGCACAUGGCUAUCAUCAAGAUCAAACUUUUUUACAAACGUAAUAAUGCAAAAAUUAGGUAUAUUCCACCAUCGACCAAGUUUCUCGAGGGAACAUGCAAAUUCACAAUAUUUGCAAAUUAUGGACAUGGAAAGUCUUACAAAGUUUUCUGCUGUGCCACACAACGAUGGGAAAGAGUGGAUAAGAUUGAAUAACAGAACGCAAAAUAUAAAACAUAAUCAAUUUUCAUGGAAUGAAGUAAUUGGUCAAACAAUGCGUGAUGUAAAACCUAAUAAUUACUUUCAUAGUAAUAUAGAUCCGACGAUAAAAGCAGUUUGUGAUUUACAAGACUUGCGAUUACGCGAAAAAAAGGUGAAAGAAGAUUUGAACAAGCUAUAUGCAAUGUGGCAAAAUCGAAAUGCUGCUCCGAAUAUCCCAAUCUCAAUCAUCGCUUUAAAUACUUUUAAACAAUAUUCUCGUUUAAUACAUUUUUGCCACACACCGUUAUUAUUUUUACCUUCAUGGCGCUUACAGUCUGCGGCUACAAGAGAUCACUCACUUUCGGCACAAUCGUCUUUAAAUGCAGGCAUCAACGUAUGUCAACAACUAUCACAACAAAUGCAAAAAGGUCAAGAUGAACAAACAAACCUUAUAAAAUGGCAUAAAGAAUUGUGCAGUUUGAUGUUGUCAGAAUACAAGCAAUAUCUUCACUCAUUAGGCUUUAGUUCAGUGCAAAUAGAAUCACCUGAUAAUAGUUUUGAAGAACCAAUUCAGCAACAAUCUUAUUAUCUCAAGAAGUCAAUGCUUGGAGGAGUAUUACUAUUUGAAAUUCACUUAUCACAGCCAUUUUUCAUUGUUAAAUUACAUAUUAUUGAAUGCAGUCGACUUCAAACAAAAGCCAGUAGCGCUUUAGUGAAUCAAUUUAUGCUAAGUUUCGUGGAUGCAUGUGAUAAAAUUAAAAUUAGUAUGCAUCUACAUUCAUUUACAUAUGAUUUUCAUUUACGUUCCAUCCAUUCGUACAUAGCUGGGACUGGACCUUUGUUAGUACAGCAAGGUUAUCACUUGAUUCAUUUUCUUGAUGAUUUUAACAAAUAUUAUAGCAAAGCACCAAAUUACGCGAGAAAUCUUAUAUACAGUGAUGUAGUGACUAUUCGCAAUUUAGCGAUAUCAGGUCGGACCUUAUAUUCUUACUUAUUAUCUCAUGAGAAGACUUAUAAUAUGCGUGUAUUUAUAAUGAAAAGUGAUCUUCAACAUUCUGAAGAAAGUGAAUAUGUUCUAGUAAGCUUAAAAAGUACUCCUUUAAUUAGUUACUGCGACGCACAAGAUACUAAAUACACCGAUGAUUUCGAUGUUGUUCUGAUUGUAUCACAUUUAGGACAGCCUCCACAAGUAGAAAAAACCGAAAUUACUUUAAAAUACUAUUUAAUGUUAACAAGCAAACGAGAAUUAUAUCCAAAGAGAGAAGUAGAAAACAAUAAACUUGGGAAGUUUCGUACGGUGUACAGUGUCGAAAAAUCUCCAAGUACUUAUACCGAGGCUGAUGUGGAUACUAUAAACGAAUCUUCUUCGGAUCUUCAAGAAUGUAAACAAGAUUCAAAUGAUAAAAAGGGUGAUACUAAAUUAUACAGUGCUACUCUUGGUACCAAUUGUAAUAAUACGGGAGCACCAACACCUCCACCAGUACCUAAUUCUCCGUUAACUCAAAAUGUAAAUCCUCCAAGUGUUUCGGUGAAUUCUUCAUCGCCACACUUAAUUCAAAUACGACAAGAAUCGAUUAAUUAUUUAGGUUAUUAUUCCUCGCACGAGCAACUCAUGCAACAAACAAUAAUGUCUCAAGCAAAUGCGGCUCGCAUGCAUAUAAUGAAUAUGAUAAAACGCGGAGCAUUACAAUGUAGAACGCAUCUUUUAUGGAAUAAAUUAUUAGAAAGUAAAUCUGUAAUGAAUUAUAACGAAUUCUCCGAACUUUGUUCUUUGGCUCACGUUGAACCUUUAUUAAACUUGGAUCCAAGAUUGAGGCCAUUUAUUAAUCAACCAAUUUCUUGGUAUCAAACUUUAUCAAAGGUUUUGCAAAAUAAAUAUCAAGAACAUCAUAAACAAUUCAAUACACCAGAUGGAAAUAUUACUCAUCUACUGAUAUUACAUCCAAAUUUCUUUCAAGUUUUCAUGAUGUUAACUAUAGAUUUACAUGCCUCACGAGGGGAUUUGUAUGCAGUUUAUUGUAAAUCAGAAGAAAUGAUUAAUGCUCCAUGUUGUGUAGAAGACACAUAUAAUUUAAUAGAAGGUUUUGUAAAUGCUUGCUGUUUUAAUUUGUGGAUGGGUCUCUACAGUCAAUAGUAAAUGA